AUGGGAGCUCGCGAGUUCAUUGGUCAUGACAUUCAGAACCGCAGUCGAGAUGGCUUCCGGGAAGAGGAGAAAAGCGAGACCAAAUCACUCAGCACAUCUCGCAGAUCCGUGAAUAAGGCGAAACUCAUUAUCACUCCACUGGACUCCCAUCGACGUGAAGCUUUCGCAUCGUAUCCGCCAGGAGCGGGACCUCUCUCGACAGAGAGUGUUGACGAGUACAUUUCCAUUCUCCGCAAGGAAGAACUAUGUCUGAAAGUCACUCCCGAUGUCGAACAUCCAGCAAUCUCAGUCGUCUUCCCGAUGUCAAUGCAGGACCCUGACCUCUUCAAAUGUCUCCUCGUGGGGGCUCAAAGUCUGCGUGACUGGCGCCGUGAUCCCUUUCAUGUCAACCGGUCCCGAACGAUGCUCAAAUUGCAGAACGAAGCCAUCCUUUCUCUGCGGAAGCGACUGUCCUCACCAUCCGCCCAUCUCGACGAUGGUGUCUUGAUUUCAAUCACCCAUCUCAUGAUUGCUGAUUCGUGUCGCAGGGACUUGACGUCUUUGAAAUCUCAUCUCAAGGGCGCCAGGCAAAUCAUUUCGCUACGUGGUGGGCUCGGGACUACACCUGCUCAUCUCGCUAUCCGAGCUUUAGUGACGACGGUUGAAUUUUAUAUUGCAUUGGGUCAAUACCUUCAGCUAAGUCCUGAUGACCCUACUGCCAUUCCUAACAACCGCAUCGAAUUCAUCCGACAUCCAUUUCCUCCCGACAUCUGCCGCGAUGUCGCUACUCUUCCCAUCGGUCUUGCUGAAGCUGCCCUUUCCGGACAUCUGAGCGUUCAAUGCAUUAAGCUACUUGCUUCCGUCGCGUCGUGGGCACCCUUGGUCAAUGGCUCCGUCUCUUCUUCAGCUCCAGCACAAGAUUCGAGAGACAGAUAUUGCAGGCUCUUCUGCGAACCCAGAGAAUGUUCCCGCAGCGCCAUCAUGCUUCUUCUUGAUCUCAAAAGAUCUGGGCUGCCAGUCGGCUUGGAACAUGUCAUCUGCCUAGGCUUAGCCAUCGCCGUCCGGCAUCUCAGUGGAGAGAAUCGUACCAACAUCUUCGAUACAGCCUCGCUCGUCGCGUUGACCAAGAGUGUCAAAAGUAUCGAUAAUCCCUCUGUGCCGGAUUCCGAAGUCAUCAUCUGGCUUUCCCUGGUCAUCAGCUGGCGCACACAAUCUGCGAAGCCAGUACCAAAAGCGGACGCUCUCUUUGAUUACGUUCUGGAUUCAUUUCCCGCAUCCCGUUCCUGGAAGAAGGUGUCAGUCAUCUGUCGCAAAUUCUGGUGGUUCGAGCGCUUUCAAGCAGAAUGGGAACAAUGCUGGGCCUGUGGCAUUGCAAGGCAGAAGCAGCGAUCGUUACUGGAACAAUCUCAAAACAUGCGCUCUCGAAGACGAUCUUCGAUUGGCCCGCUGGCGAGCAUUAUAUCUCUUCAAAAAUAUUCUGCGCACAUCGAAUCUGGGUGA